CGCACUUUCUGCGAUGAAGCGGCGUCCGCCCGCUGCCGCGGCGGAAGCGGACCACUUGGGGACGUUCACGAAGCUGGCGCUGGAUAUCGAGAAGUGCCAGAGGUACAACCCAUCUCUAUGGGACGUGGUGCUCAAUCGGUCCAACAAAAGUUUGGAAAAGUUCGCCAAAGCUAGCACCACUAAGACACGCAAACGUGCGCGCGGGCCUUCGUCGUCCUCAACCCCAACGACGUUUCCUGCAGUGAACACGUCGACGGCACCGUUGACACUAAGCUCGUACCUCCAUCAACCUGAUAUGGUCCGAGAGAUGCUACUAGAGCUCCAACCAGAACACCCGGCCGAGGUCCUUCCCGAGAACAGAAGUCGGUCGACAAUGCCCAUGGAUAAACCUCCACCGAUCCCGCGGCCUUCGCCCCCCAUUCCGUCGAUCACACCGACACCUUCACCCACGAAGCUCCCCAUCUUGAAUGUCGUCACCCCGCGAACAAGGCAAUGGAUCGGGCGGCUUCCGCCGCCUCGAGAAGCCGACUGGGCGGCCAUCAAUCAGCUGGAGUCCGUAGCGGACGACGCCGUUGCUCGACGCGCCAAUGUCAUCGACAAUUUACACAAGCCACAUUCGCUCUACGGCAAAUUGCACCACCAUCGAAAGAGUCCUCGAAAAGACGGUCGUUCCGACAGCCGUCGUCGCCGCGACGCCGCCUCUCGCUACGCUGCUGACACGAGUCCUACCAAUUCAACAGUGACGAAAUCAAUCCAAGUUGCCAACGCCAGUCGGCUCCGGAUGGACCAAGAAACUGCGCUCAUGCACCAGGAAGACCACCACCACACACCUCCUCUAACAACCUCGUUCGACGACGAAAGGCAACGGGUGGCUACAGAAGUCACCACACUGGUGGAAGGGAUCGGGUCACCCCAAGCCAAAUAUCCCCUCCAUCAACCGCACCAUGUGGCGUUGGAGACGGACCAUCGCGUGUCCGUCCUGUUGUCUGAAUCCACAGGCAAAGCCCAUCAAGACGCCACCGCGGCCGUCGACGCGACCCUCGCGUCCAUUCAGAAACUCGUGCCGCUGGAACUCAUUUACGCCCAUGGCCAAGGACGGUACGCGUCCAUGCAGAUCCAGCGCGCCAUGAGCAUGGUGCACCAAGCGUUGCUUCGGCUGGUCAAGCGGCAGUUUGUGGUGGCGUGGUCGAGGUGGCAGCAGCACACAUGUCACGCCCGAGAAAGGGAGCGGCGGCAAGCUGUGAUCGUGAUACAGUGCGCAUGGCGACGGGUGUUGGCGCGCCGGGAAGUGCAUAUUCGACGGGGCUUACGGCGCAAACAAGAGGAGCGGGAGAAGUACCUCUUGCGGAUGUUGCUGGCCCGACAGAACGACGCCGCUGCGUGCAUCACUCGACAUCUUCGAAGAUACGUGGCAGUCUGUCAUGCAAGAAAGGAACGCAAGCGGAACGUUGCGGCGUUGCGUAUUCAGCGCUUUAUUCGACGGCGGCACGGCCUGUGGGCUCGCUUUGCUCGAUUUCUUCAACACCAGCGGGACAUGCACGCUGCCACGUGUAUUCAAAAGCAUAUCCGUGCCCAUUUAGCCCGCGCCAAGACGCGAUUGGUGCGGAAAUUACGCGCCGUGGACCGCCGCCGUGCUCUCCUGACGGCACACUUGGAAGCCAGAGCCCAUGCCUUGCGUCUUGUGGGAGCGGCGCUCACCGUUCAGCGCAACUUUCGGCGGCGACAGGUCGCUCGUCGCGCCAAAUUCGGCGCCAUGCGACGCCGCCACGCCAAAAAGGUCGUGGCGGCCGUCAAGGUGCAGAGCAUUGCGCGCAUGUACUUGGCCAGGAGGCUGCGGUGUCACAUGCAAACAACGUUUGCCAAGGCGGCACUGGUGAUUCAAUGCGCCUUUCGUCGACAUUGCAGCCUAAGCCAGCGGCAACAACGAAAACAAGUCGUCGCGGACGAUCGAAAGCGGCGCAUCUCCAAGAAGAAAGAACUCCGCCGCGAAAAGAAACAGCGCCAAAAAGCCAAGGCCAAGGCAAACCAGGCCACGAAGAUGUGGAUGGCCUUGCAAGAUACGGCUAGCACCGUCAAUAAGACACGACUCAAGUGGAUGCAAAUGGAGCCACCACAAGCCGCCACGGUCAUCCAGGGCGUGUGGAAAGGCUUCAAGACGCGCCAGCGGCUCAAGCGUCAAGUGGCCAAGGACAAGGAGCGAGCCCGCCGGCAAUCCAACAGCGCCAAACGACUCGCGGCAACUUGCAUUCAACGACACGUCCGCGGGAUGCUGGGGCGCCGGCGGUUUUGGGUCGCGCUCGUGAAUCGGUUUGCGAGUUCGAUCCAACGGUUGUUUCGAAAUCGCAAAGCCCGGCGGGACAUUGCCCUGAUGCGAGCGUAUGUGAAAGCCGCGCGGUUGAUUCAAUCGCGCUGGAUCCACAAAAAAGAAUUUGUCGUGUUUCGAAGACGACGACGGGCGGCGGUGGCCAUUCAAUCGAUUGCGCGUAUGUUUAUAGCCACACGGCGAUAUGUCCAGCGGAUGCAAGCCUUCCACCGCCAGUUGGAACUUCGUGUGGUGGGCCAAGUGCUGUUUGCCCAACGGACCCUCGACGUCGUGCAAACGCAACUGCUUCAACUGAGCUGGCAAUAUGCGACAGAGUCCAAGAAACAUCUCCCUCCCCCACAGCAGCAGCCAGGGGGCGCCAAUGUCCAACGUUCUUUGUACAAGCGCAGUGACAACGGCACGUGGACAACGACCGGUUGCUUUGGGUUGUGGCAAAAGAUCUACUUGGACAUAUGUCGACAUGGCAACACGUCGGACGCUGUCGAAAUCGACAACAUGCGCUUUUCGCGCUUUGUCAAGGAGAUCCCUGGCAUGCUCCACAAGUCACUGUGUCCGCUUCAAAACGUCGACGUAGCGUUUGCAAAGUUCAAGCCCGCGAAGGGCCGCACCAUGCCCUUCUCAGGAUUCCAUAAAGCCAUGUCGUACUUGCUCACGCUUCGGUAUCCAGACAAACCUCCCAACCAGUACACCAUGGAGCAGCGGUUCCUGCUGUUCAUGCACCAAUUGGUGCUCGUGUCCAAGUUUGGGGAGGUUUAUCGGCUAGCCUUGGCCACGUCCGCCAUGGAACGAGGUGGAUGGGCAGCACAUGUCAUUCAAUCCAUGUAUCGCCAUCGACAGCAGCAGCGACAGCACCAAGCGUUUGUGGCUCGGUUCCUCGUGCUGCGCCGCCAAGACGAAGAGCGACGGGCCGCCACUUUGCUCCAAACCAAGUGGCGCCAACGCCUCGCCACACUUCAGUUUCAAUCGCUCGUGUGCGACACGUUUGUCGAGUACGUCGACUGGAAGAGCGGCGCAUGUUCGUACAAGAACCUCGUCACACACACGACCACGUACAGCCGCCCGGCGCUCCUGCGGGGCCUCACGCCGUCCGUGUCCAUCAAGCUGCCCCCCCCCGGCGAGGAAUUUGUCGUCUUGUGCUGCCGCCACGAAACACAACCUCGCCAACUUGCCACGACGUUUUGUCUGGCGUGUGAAGACGCCAUGUGUUCCGACUGCUUUGACCGGGAGCACAAGGCGAAAGCGUUUGCCGCCCAUACGACAACCCGCAUUCGAAUGUGCCACUUGUGCUCCAAACACACGGCGUCCCGGGUCUGCAACCAAUGCCAAGACGGCAACGUACCGUACUGUGACACGUGCUAUCCGCAUUACCACAAGGGCAAAUUCGCUGGUCAUACAUUUACGGCGCUGGUGUUUCUAUGCGUCGAAUGCGGCGACAGAGUUGGCCGGUGGCGGUGUGCCACGUGUACCGAUCUCUUUUGCAAAAAGUGCUUUUCAAACUUUCACCGCAAAGGACAACGACAGAACCAUGUCAUGGAAGCAGUGUCGUAUCUGGCCGUGGAGGCUAAAAGUGCGCAGGACGUGCGGCUGCAUGAGAAGGAGCUAGAACAAGCGGAAGCCCUCCGCGCGCUAGACGUUAGCCGGCAAGUGGCAGCGAUCGAACUGCAAAAGCAAGAGAUCGCGGCAUUGUUGAUUCAAACUGCAUAUCGAGCCAAGCGAGGACGCGUGGAAGGCCAGGCGUAUAUGAAAGCGGUGCGCCAUACGAAUCGGAUGGUCUACCAGCGCCUCAAAGACGACUCAGUGCGCAGUGCGUUUACGUACAAGCUGCGCAAAGUGGUGGGGAUGGCGCCUGUGUUGGCCUCCGACACCAUCGAAGAGGUCCAAGCCGUGCAGCUCCGCAAAGACAAGAUCGUCAACGCACUGGGGCUUGCCACGUAUGACCACACCAAAGGCCCCCCACCGUGGUGUCAAUACAAUGUCCCCGUGGAAAUCCUCGUCGGCGACUUCAAAUCGUGCGUUGCUACGGUGGUGUCGACGGCGCAAGUGGUGGCGUCGGGGCUGGUCAUGGUGCACGUGACCGCGGCCAACAAGUCGGUGACGUUACCGCUGGCAGCGCUGAAACCACUAGGUGACAACGCGUCUCCUUCGAAAGUCCUUCAGUUGGUGGACACUGUCGGCAACGCCGCGCACAAGUUGCAAGUGUCGUUGCUGGAUCGAAUAGAGAAGAAGCGGCACAAUUUAAAGCUGCGGCACCACCGCACCGAAUUCAAAGACCUCGAGGAGUAUGCGUGGGUGGAACUGCCACGCGAACCAGUAUCGCCACCUGCGAACGACAACGCGGCGGCUAGUCCGCGGCAGCAUAAUGUGGCAACCAAAACGACGUGGUGGAACGUUGUGACCAACAGUACGAGGAAUCGUUUGCCGUUCGAGCCCCCCAUUUGGUUAUUGUCGUAAGCUCGUACAAACGAUAGUGUUGAACUAGGCAAAACCUCGGUCAAACCCCAUGGAGUCAAAGCGAUGGAAACGAUGGAGCCAGGUGCUCGAGAAGACAUGCAAGCUCAAAUCCAAGACGCCCACGACAAGUUGGUCAAAAUCGAGACUAAGUCGGACCGGCAACGGCGUGCGAGCGUCGACACUGCGUUUAGCCAGGUCAACGCGAAAGCCAUCGACGACGCCCUGUUUUGGCACGACAGCCUGUGGAGCCACCCCCGAGUGGGCAAGAAGGCGCGCGACCUGGUCAAGGAACUGCCCACAGACGACCUGCGACGCGCCGUGCAAUUGCUGGCCCGAGUCGGCAGCCCUAGUACCGGUACUAACGUUAUCGACGAAGACCCAACAUGGGAGAAAAUGGUGCUCAAGUUUUGCGCGCUGAAAACGGCCGAGAAGAAGGAGUUGCUGACGGAAACACAAGACAUGAAUGCAGCCGACGCCAGAGCUGUGCUGUGGAGUGUCGUGGACCCAAAGGCCAAGGAAUCAGCAGCAGACGAGUGACCAGGGACAUGUGGAUAUCUGAUAGCACUGUGACGUUGCCACUCGUGUGCGACAAGUGCUAGUUGACUGGGAAAUACAGGUACCGGUUCCACG